AGGAAACGGACAGUGCUGGAAAGGACCUGUGGGCAGCAUGGCAACAACAGCGCUGUACAACACCGCACGAUUUCUACCCGAAAAAAUGGUGUGCUGAUAUAUUGUGAUUAAACCGUGAUUUGCGACGUCCAAAAGCUUUGUACAAGAAUUUGUUAAACAAGUUGCAGUUCUAAAAUAUCACACCAACGGGAAGAGCCAAGAACUGCUUAAUAAGCUUAAAAAUCCAAACCUUAAGCCAACCAUUUUUUUAACCAGAGUGUCGUAGUGUCCGUCGUGUGCGUUGGUGUGGGUGCGUGUGUGCGUGCGAGUGUGUGUGUUCCGUCGAAUCGCGAAACCGAGAAUAUAGAAAGAUGUGCUCUAUUCGCUGGUGGUGGUGAGCUAUAGCAAUAUAGCUAAAUAGCGAACCGACGAGCGAAUAGUCCCUGCAACCCAAAAUCCAAAUCAGAUCCAGUGUUUUCGUCCACUCAAGUAUCGGAACGCAACAAUUUUGACCCAUUGAAAACCCCACAACAGCCACAAAAAUGCAACCCUCUCCGCUGCACUACUCAACAAUGCGGCCGCAAGCGCCCGGAUCGCUGGUCGAUCCCAAUGAGGAAGAACUGCGUCUGGCACCAUGGUAUUGGGGUCGGAUAUCACGCGAAGUGGCCAAAAACAUCCUGCACGGAAAGCCGGACGGCAGUUUUUUGGUGCGCGACGCUCUCUCUAAAAAGGGCGAAUACACUCUGACCCUGAUGAAGGACGGAAGCGAGAAGUUGAUCAAGAUCUGCCAUAUGGACCGUAAGUACGGUUUCAUAGAGAAGAAUCUCUUCAAUUCGGUGGUGGAGGUGAUCAACCACUACAAAGAGAACUCACUGAGCAUGUACAAUAAGGCCCUGGACAUUACGCUGAGUAAUCCGAUAGUGCGCACCUGCGAGGAUGAGGAGUCGCAGCCGCAUGGAGAUCUCUGCCUAUUGAGCAACGACUUCAUACGCACCAGCCAGCAGCUGCAAAAUCUAGAGCAAAAUCUCGAACAGAAGCGAAACUCCUUCAAUGCGAUUCGGGAGGAGUUGCAAGAGAAGAAGCUGCACCAGAGUGUCUUCGGCAAUACAGAGAAAAUAUUCCGCAAUCAGAUUAAGCUCAAUGAAAAUUUUAUGAAGGUUCCUGCAGAUGGCCUGUCCACUGAAGCGGUAGGACCCGGAGAUGGAGGUAGCGGAGUCGCUGCUGCUGCAGCCAAUGCCAACGCUCGCCGAAGUCUACAAGAGAACAAACGUGCUCUUCUUAAUCUUCUCGAGGCGCUUCAGGCGAAGUUGCAGGUUCUUAACCAGUAUAUGGAGAACAAGAAGAAGGAGGAGCUGCUUCUCGAGCGACAGAUCAACGCCCUUAAGCCGGAACUGCAAGUUAUGCAGUUGCGCAAGGACAAAUAUAUUGAGCGCCUAAAAGGAUUUAACCUAAAGGACGACGAUCUUAAGACAAUCCUCGAGAUGGGAUUUGAAAAGUGGCUGCAACUUCACGAAACAGUGUCGAAUCAGCCGCACAGCAACGAAUCCCUAUGGCUGUUGAAGGAUGCCAAGCGCAGAGAUGCGGAGGAGCUGCUGAAGGGAUCACCACCGGGUACUUUCCUGAUUCGAGCUAGAGACGCGGGACACUAUGCUCUGUCGAUUGCCUGCAAGAACAUCGUGCAACACUGCAUUAUAUACGAAACGAAUAGCGGCUUUGGAUUUGCCGCCCCUUACAAUAUAUAUCCAACGCUGAAGAAGCUGGUGGAGCACUACGCCAACAAUUCGCUGGAGGAGCACAACGACACGCUGACCACGACGUUGCGCUGGCCCGUUUUGUACUGGAAGCAAAAUCCGCAGCAAAUUAUAACCCAGUUGCAGGAGGAGAUGGACUUGGAGUACGAGCAGGCGGCCACACUGAAGCCGCUGUCAAUGAUUGGCAGCAGUGCUCCAAUUCCAACAAGUAGGUCUCGUGACCACUACGAGGUGGACGGAAUCGGAAGCCACGAGGCGGAGGCAGCCCUUUCCUCCAUUUCGCCCUCAAACUUUAGCACUUCACAAUAGGAACUGUGCAUCCAUUCUCCUGCUGAAUGAGCCCUUAACCUCAGGCUAGCUAUAUAUCUCUACAUUUAGCUCGCUCUAAAGCCCUAACUCUCUCUAUCUUUAGAUACAAUCGCAGUUGCUGGCCAAAUAAUAGCGCACGCUUAGAUUUGAUGUUAACAGCAUUCUUUCAUUAGAAUGUAUAACAGAAGUAAAAAAUUCCGUAUUCAGCGUAUAUUCGUAAAAGAUAAAGUUUAGUAAGGUCUGUUUUCGAUAGCUCGUAUUCAGAUUAGUUGUUUAGUAACCCCAACUGCCAAGAAAAUAUUUUCAACCGAAAGGUAAAUUCGUGUCACAAAGAUAUUUCCUUUACCUUAGCUGCGUCAGCUGUUCAAGUCAAAGUAAAACCAAUUACCAAGUCUUAACCGGCAGUGCUAUUAUUUCGGCCACCGCUGAGAAUGUAUGUACAUCGGCAUAUAAUAGGCUAUAUAUCUGUGCAUGAUUAUUUUUUGUGUGUGAUGGAUAGCGCUGGCAGUCCAACUGACCGCCGCUUUCCCCUUAAAAUCAGAAGGCUCCAGAAACAAAAACAGAAAAAAGAAACAAACGAGUAAACAAUUUGGUGAUCAUAUAUAACAGCUUGAUAGAAGCUUUUUGUCGAAAAAUGAAAAUUUCUAAUUGAGAAGUAAUUAUAUUAAUAUUACGAGUAUGAAUAAUUUUAUACAGAUAUAUAUAUUUUUUGUAACCAUCAUUUCACGUGAUAAUUGAUAAGUCAAGCUAUCUGUUGUUGUAUCAACGCCUUCUGCUGUAUCCCUUAUUAUUGUUAUCACGCUGCGCGUUGUCUAAAAGGGGCCGUAGGAUUGUGAAGAAAUUUUCUGCAUUUCUUCAGUGUCGUGUUCAUGUAAAUAUUAUAAAAACAAAACAAAAGAGCAGCUGCUUGCGAAACGUUUUCGAAAUCAGAUUUAAGGUUUUGAUAAGCGACCCCCGCAACACCAUUGGGAACCAACCCAUUGCUCUUAUAUUUGUUGUUAUAUUAUGAUUGAUUUAAAGUAGUUUUAAGUGAAAUUUACGUACGUUUACUCGAUGUGAUCAGUUAAUUGUUGCUAAAUAGUGAUUCUCCUUAAUUUUUUUUUUUCCAUUUUUUGUUCAAUUACAAAGCUCUAGUUUUCAUAAUAACACACAACACAUACACAAUGAGUUUAAACAAAGAAAAAUUCAUGUACAAAGGAAAGAAUGAAUUCAAGAAAGUGAAUUCACACACACAUACACUGAUACAGAUGCAGAUACAGAAAAAACCGCAACAAGCAAACACACAAACAAAGUGCAAUCAAAAUUGUAAUAAUUACAUUUUUAACAUUUGUUAAUAUAUAAAAGGAAUGAAACAGGAAAAAGACAAAAUGUUGCCCAUAUAUAAAAAACCGCUGCAAUAGGCAAAAAUUCAGAUUAAGUUUCUUUUUACACAACUGAUAUUUAGCAUAUAAUUAUAAUUGAAUGUUUAACCUCACCUGCUAGGCGUUUUCUGAAAUACUCUUUCCCAACGAACUUAUAAUUCAGCUUAACAGUUUAUUAAACAUGAUUUUCUCCAAUUUCAACCUUCAGAAUAGCUGCAAACAUAAAAACUUUCUAUUUGAUUAAUGUUACAAUUGUCUUGGGAAAGGUAUUUCAUUUGCUUUCCCUUUUUCUCCCGUGCCACCCUAAUGUUCUAAGCGAGUUGAAAACAUUUCGAGCUUCCUGUUUGCAUUUUUCCCGUAUUGGUAUUGAAAUCGAGCGAUCCACUUACAAGCACACACAAACACUAUCGCGAAUUACAGAUAUUUCUAUUAUUAUUCUAUAGAUUACAAGUAACUCUUAAUUUAAUUUAUUUAACUUGUAACUUGUGUGUUUCACUUUGCUUAAAUUCUAUGAGAUUUUGGCGGAUCUCGUACGUUGUAGUAUUUAUAAGUUUUAAAAUUAGUUUGUAAAAUGCGUUUCAAACAAAGCUAUAACAAAACAAAAAAGGAAAACAAAAAACCAGUAGCAUUGAAAGAUUAAAUGUAUUCUAAACAUGGUUCAUCGAUAUCAAUUAUGUUUGAUAGCUGAUAGAUGAUCACUUUUUGCCAUACCUAAAUGUUAAAUGGAAAUAUUUGUGAAUUUUUCAAUCUUUGCUUCAGGUCUGCUGCCGCAGCCUGGAACAAAAAGAAUUAAAAAUGAUAGCAAUGGAAGGCGACGAAACUAAAUGUGAAACGAAUUGAAAAUUUGUUGUAUUUUUUUAUAUGAAUAUAUAUAUAUUUAUAUAUAUAUAUAUAUACAGAUAUUUAAACAUACAUACCUAUUUAAUAUGUAUGUUCUAGAAUGCUAUAUGUUGUAGAUCUUAGGCUAUAUGUUUUAGAUCUUUAAGCGCUAACAGCAAACACAACCGAAACAACAACAACCAUUUUUUGUAGAAGUUUUUUAAAGAGACGAAAAAAACAAAGAAAACAUUGUAUGUACUUGUGUUUGUGUCUAAAAAGAAUGUUCGUAAAUAACACAAACAAAAACAAAACAUAAUAAAACCGAAAGAAAAACAA